GGGAGGAGGCGGGCGGCGGGGAGGCCCCAGCCGGUGAGGGGCUCAGGGAAGCUGCCGGCGAAGGCUCGGGGCUGAUGCUGUCAGAGAGGAGCGGCGCUGCGGGUCCGGCCUCUGUCCGCUUCUAAAGUUGGUGGUGCUUAGUGCAUCCAGGAAAUGCUUGUUUCUUCAUUGCCCAGAGAAGGCCACUCUACUCAGCAGAACCUAAAGGGCUGACCAGGGAACCCUGCUCCUGCCUGGCUCUUCUGACACUGGCUUCUAUAAAAUGGGAAUACUUAUUGCAGUUCUUGGAAUCUGGUUCAGCUCUUCACUUGUCAAAGGAGACUCUAAGGCUGUGACGACAUCUCUAACUACAAAGUGGUCUUCAACUCCCCUAUUACUUGAGGCAAGUGAAUUUUUAUCAGAAGAAGGUCAAGAAAAAUUCUGGAAUUUUGUUGAAGCUGCUGAAAAUAUUAAGACAUCUGAACAGAAUGGUGCUGAUUACUCUUCUUACCAUGAAAUGCUGAAAGUAGCCUGCCAGAACCUGUCACCUUUGCAGCAGAACCUGUUGAAAUUUUCCUUGUCUUUGAGAUCUUACUCUGCAACAGUUCAGGCUUUUCAGCAGAUAGCAGCAGAUGAGCCUCCUCCAAAGGGCUGUACCCUGUUUUUUGCUGUGCAUGGGCAGAAGACUUGUGAAUUUGACUCUCUUGGAAGCCUUUUACAGGAAGCUUCAGAAAGGCCAAAGCCAUUUCUGUUCAAAGGAGACCACAAGUACCCAGUGUCAAAUCCUGAAAGUCCUGUCGUCAUAUUUUACGCUGAGGUUGGCUCAGGGGAGUUCUACAGAUACCAUAAGAGGCUUGUUUCAAAAGCUGAGGCAGGAGAAAUCACUUAUGUCCUCAGGCACUAUAUUGCUAAUCCCAGUAAAGAAAAAGUCUACCUCUCUGGCUAUGGUGUUGAACUGGCUAUUAAAAGUACAGAAUACAAGGCCAAGGAUGAUACUCAGGUGAAAGGCACAGAUGUGAAUGCUACAGUAAUAGAUGAAAAUGACCCACUUGAUGAAGUGCAAGGGUUUCUGUUUGGAAAACUAAGGCAGUUGUAUCCUGACUUGACAGAAGAGCUGAAAGAGCUUAGAAAACACCUUGUGGAGAGUACCAAUGAAAUGGCACCUUUGAAAGUAUGGCAGCUGCAAGAUUUAAGUUUUCAAACUGCUGCUCGCGUUCUGACUGCUCCCCCUAUGGACGCUUUGAUGGUCAUGAAAGAUCUCAGCCAGAACUUUCCUACAAAGGCCAGAGCCAUAACAAAAACAGUUGUUUCUUCGGAACUCAGAGCAGAGAUUGAAGAAAACCAAAAGUAUUUCAAAGGUACAUUGGGACUGCAACCAGGAGAUUCUGCCUUGUUCAUCAAUGGACUACUUAUUGAUUUGGACACUCAGGAUAUAUUUAGCUUGAUCGAUGUGCUGCGCAAUGAAGCACGUGUAAUGGAAGGCCUGCACAGCCUGGGAAUUGAGGGUCUGUCCUUGCACAAUGUUCUGAAGUUGAACAUCCAGCCAUCAGAUUCAGACUAUGCUGUAGACAUCAGAAGCCCAGCUAUUUCGUGGAUCAACAACCUAGAAGUUGACAGUCGAUACAAUUCCUGGCCUUCCAGUGUGCAGGAGCUGCUGCGGCCUACAUUUCCAGGAGUCAUCAGACAAAUCAGGAAAAACUUCCAUAACUUUGUGCUGAUAGUAGAUCCUACUCAUGAGACCACAGCAGAAUUACUGAACGUGGCAGAGAUGUUCUUCAGUAACCACAUCCCACUGAGGAUAGGACUAGUCUUUGUGGUGAAUGACUCAGAUGACGUUGAUGGACUUCAAGAUGCUGGUGUUGCCCUUCUUAGGGCAUAUAAUUAUGUGGCACAAGAAAUGGACAACAAUUAUGCUUUCCAGACUGUCAUGUCUAUAUAUAACAAAGUGAAAACAGGAGAUCAGCUGAAAGUAGAGCAUGUGGUCAGUGUUCUUGAGAAACAGUAUCCUUACGUGGAAGUCAACAGCAUCCUGGGAAUUGAUUCUGCCUAUGAUCAAAACAGAAAGGCAGCCAGAGGUUACUAUGAGCAAACAGGUGUAGGUCCUCUGCCUGUUGUGCUGUUCAAUGGAAUGCCUUUUCAAAAAGAUCAGCUGGAUCCUGAUGACCUGGAAACUGUGACAAUGCACAAAAUCCUGGAGACCACAAGCAUCUUCCAGCGAGCUGUGUACCUGGGUGAAUUAUCUAAUGACCAAGAUGUGGUUGAGUAUAUCAUGAACCAGCCUAAUGUUGUUCCAAGAAUUAACUCAAGAAUCUUGAUGUCUGACAGAGAGUAUCUGGAUCUAACAGGAAUGAAUAACUUCUACGUGGAUGACUUUGCUCGAUUUACCACACUGGAGUCCAAAGACAAGACAGCUGCUGUUGCAAACAGCAUGACCUACUUAACAAAGAAAGGAAUGUCUUCCAAGGAGAUCUAUGAUGAUUCCUUUGUUAGACCUGUUACUUUUUGGAUUGUUGGGGACUUUGGCAAACCUUCAGGGAGGCAAUUGUUGUAUGAUGCAAUUAAACACCAGAAAUCCAGCAACAAUGUUCGAAUUAGCAUGAUUAAUAAUCCUAGUGAAGAGCCAAAUAGCCAGAAUACACUUGUUGCUAAAGCCAUAUGGGCAGCCUUGCAGACACAAACAUCAAACAAUGCCAAGAACUUCAUCACCAAAAUGGCAAAAGAAGAAGUUGCCAAGGCACUGGAGGCAGGAGCUGACAUCCUAGAAUUUGCUGUUGGGGGUAUGGACGUCAAUAUUUUCAAAGAAGCCUUUGAGUCUCCUAAGGUGGAUUUCAUUCUGUCUCAUGCUAUAUAUUGCAGAGAUGUUCUAAAGCUGAAGAAGGGGCAGAGGGCUGUGAUCAGCAAUGGAAGGAUUAUUGGCCCAUUAGAGGAUGGUGAAAUGUUCAAUCAGGAUGAUUUUCAUCUCCUUGAGAAUAUUAUACUAAAGACAUCAGGACAGAAAAUCAAAUCUCAGAUUCAGCAGCUGGGAUUUGAAGAAGAUCUUGCAAGUGACUUGGUAAUGAAAGUGGAUGCUCUUCUUUCUGCUCAGCCCAAAGGAGAUGCAAGGAUAGAAUACCACUUCUUUGAAGAGCGAUACAGUGCAGUUAAACUGAGACCAAAAGAGGGGGAGACCUACUUUGAUGUUGUGGCCAUCGUUGAUCCUGUGACCAGAGAUGCCCAAAGACUUGCUCCAUUACUACUGGUUUUGAACCAAUUGAUAAAUAUGAACCUGAGAGUGUUUAUGAACUGCCAGUCCAAGCUUUCUGACAUGCCACUGAAAAGCUUUUAUCGCUACGUUUUGGAGCCGGAGAUUUCUUUCACGGCAGAUAAUCAUUUGGCUCCAGGACCAAUCGCUAAGUUUUUGGAUAUGCCUCAGUCUCCACUGUUCACUUUGAACCUGAAUACUCCUGAGAGCUGGAUGGUGGAGUCUGUCAGAACCCCAUAUGACCUUGAUAAUAUUUACUUAGAGGAGGUGGAUAACAUUGUAGCUGCAGAAUAUGAAUUGGAGUAUCUGCUUCUGGAAGGACACUGCUAUGAUAUUACUACUGGACAGCCACCUCGGGGACUCCAGUUUACACUAGGAACUUCAACCACACCUGUCAUUGUUGAUACUAUUGUUAUGGCCAACUUGGGUUACUUCCAGUUAAAAGCCAAUCCUGGUGCAUGGACUCUAAGACUGAGAAAGGGCAGAUCUGAGGAUAUCUACAGAAUCUACAGCCAUGAUGGAACAGAUUCUCCACCUGAAGCCAGUGAAGUUAUUGUUGUUCUCAACAACUUCAAGAGCAAAAUUAUCAAAGUGAAGGUUCAGAAAAAGCUAGAUAUGAUGAAUGAAGAUCUACUAAGUGAUGGCACCAAUGAGAAUGAAUCUGGAUUUUGGGAAUCUCUCAAAUGGGGAUUCACAGGAGGGCAAAAGAACGAAGAUGUGAAACAGGAUAAGGAUGAUGUAUUAAAUAUCUUCUCUGUGGCUUCAGGACACCUGUAUGAAAGAUUCCUACGCAUAAUGAUGUUGUCUGUGCUGAAACAUACUAAGACGCCUUUAAAGUUCUGGUUUCUGAAGAACUACUUAUCACCUACAUUCAAGGAGUUCAUCCCAUACAUGGCAAAGAAGUAUAACUUCCAGUAUGAGCUUGUCCAGUAUAAAUGGCCACGCUGGCUUCACCAGCAAACGGAGAAGCAACGUAUCAUCUGGGGUUACAAGAUCCUCUUCCUAGAUGUGCUCUUCCCAUUAGCUGUUGAUAAAAUCCUGUUUGUAGAUGCUGAUCAGAUCGUGCGCACGGAUCUGAAGGAGUUACGCGAUUUCAACCUAGAUGGUGCUCCUUAUGGAUAUACUCCCUUCUGCGACAGUCGAAGAGAAAUGGAUGGCUACAGGUUCUGGAAAUCAGGAUACUGGGCAAGCCAUUUAGCUGGAAGAAAAUACCACAUCAGUGCUCUGUAUGUUGUGGAUCUGAAGAAGUUCAGAAAGAUAGCAGCUGGAGAUCGACUCAGAGGACAAUAUCAGGGUCUUAGUCAGGAUCCUAACAGUCUGUCCAACCUUGAUCAGGAUUUGCCUAACAACAUGAUCCAUCAGGUGCCAAUUAAAUCACUCCCACAGGAGUGGCUGUGGUGUGAAACAUGGUGUGAUGAUUCCUCAAAGAAGAGAGCAAAAACCAUUGAUCUGUGUAAUAACCCAAUGACCAAAGAGCCCAAGUUGCAAGCAGCAAUGCGUAUAGUUCCAGAAUGGCAGGACUAUGAUCAAGAAAUCAAACUGCUCCAGAGUCAUUUCCAGAAAGAAAAACAAAUGAGAACACCAGCUAAUGUGCCAGGACAACACACACAUGAUCCAGCAGCACAUGUGGAAUUAUGAUCCAUGGAGAAAAAUUCAAGUUAAGACUGUUUCAUAGACAAUUUUUAUAUUGAAAGCUAGGUUUUUUCCCGGUAUGUCUGCAAAACUGCUGAAUAAUUGAAUGGGAUGAUGUAUGCAUUUUUAUUACUUGCCUUUGGGUUAAUUUCUGCAUAUGAAAUAGGAUCUGGAUUGCUGGAAUUAGCAUUACUGGCUUUUUUGCACCUGUGGUGGAGAUAAAAGAGCCCAUGAUGGAAGUUAGCGUUUCAGAAACAGAACUUCACUGGAAAAGCCAGAGCCUGUUCUUCAGCUGUUGCUGCCUCCACCACUGAUGAAGAUCCUGUUAGUCUCAGAUCUAACUUGAGAGCCUGGAAAUCGCAGACCUAUUGAGGCAUUGGCUAGAACCUAAGUCCUAACCUCCACUGAUGGAGCUAAUUUUUGCAGGUAUCAUUAAAAGGCUAAGAAUCACGCCUUGAAUUUGGGAGGCUGUUUUAUCUGCAGGUUUUCAAGUGGUCACAAAUGCUUCUCAGAUUUGUUCAAUAUGCCCUCGAUUUUUGUAAGAAAUCCAGCAUUACUUAGAUUUUUCUAUCUUCUGUCUUCAUUUACUGCCCAACUCUUGAAGGUUUGGCUUACUGUAAAGCUAUCACAAUCUCUUUGAAUGCCCAUCCAGAUACAGAUGCCUAAACUUACAACGGGAGCGGAACAUUGGAUCUGACAGCUCAGUUCAUCCUAGCCCAUCUGACUUCAAUCAAAGUGCCCUCCUUCCUUCCUGCUCAAAGUUCAAAAUCAGUCUGCCAAAUUGGUAGGGCCUUACUCUUGCUGUGGUUCACUGAUUCAUGAAUGUGUUUUUGUUUAUGAAAAAGCUGUAGAAACUUGGAAGUUUAUCAUCAUGUAAAUUUCAUUAACUUUAUUUUUCUUCAGAUGUUGUCACAUCAAUAAAAACUUUGGAGUUCUUAGCUCUUAAGUUUUAGAUCACACUCAGUCCUUUGAUGAUUUAUUCUGCUUGCACUCAUUGCAGUCCUAAUCUGAUGUUGGGGUGUCUGAAUAUUUUACCUGCAUUUGUUUUCAUUUUGUGCACAGGGAAGAAAACGUUUUUCCUGCAAGGCUUAAUUACCUUGGGCUUGUUUUGUCAUUGACAUUCAGGUCUUAAUUUUCAAAGAUAUGAACAGAAAAAAACACCCAACAAAAACCCCAUCCUCAAACCCUGUUUCCCUCAUUCCCUGUAGGAUUAUUGUCUGCUCCCCUAAACACUGAGAAGUUGAAUAUCUGAAAUGCAAGAAGUAGUAUUUCUAGUAGUAAAAUAUAGCUUCCUAUGCACUGUUUCUUUAAAAAGGCAAACUAGGAUCAUUUCUGCCUCCCAUGUUUUUAUAGAGGUAAACCUUAUGUGUUGUAAGAGUAUCACACUAAAAAUAAUCCUGGCUUGAAGAGAUUCUUCUAGAAUUAUUGUAUUAUACAUCCUGAAAAGGUUUUAGAGGAGUCCAAAAGACAGCAGUUGUAGUGGUUUAGCUGUUUGAUAAGGCAACUGAACAGAAAAGCAGCACUUCUCCAACCAGCUCAAGAUAUGGCCCAAACCACUGACCCAAACUCUUAAACUCACAAAAAAGAAGUAUCUGGAGUCCCUUAAAUGCACAUUACAGGCACUGUUGACAAGGUCACUACACCAAGCAAUAGCACUGCAUAAACACUUUGGGGUGUGGGGAGGGGUGUAUCGAAAGGGGGUUAGGGGUUGGUUUUUUCCUAGAAAAGCAUUGGAGAAGACAGUUUAUAAUCUCCCCCUCUCCAUCAGUGAACUAUGCAGACAUGGGAGGCUGGAUUCAAAUCCUGAACUGACAGAGCAUGAGUUCCCUGCUCAGUUAUUUUCCAUUUUGUGGGCUUUGCUAUUCAGAAAGUCUCCCUGAUGCUCUGUAAAUGACAAGUGGCUUAUGCUUCUCAUCAGAACUCUUCCAGUUAAGCUCUUCCAGACUUAACCUGGAAGGAUUUUUUUCUAGUGUAAAAGCCAAUAAUGUGCCUGCCAGCAGAUCAAUUACACACUAUGUUAAUUAGCCUAUUUUCAGCAGGCAAUACAGCAGAUGUAAGAUCACACUUCUGCAUUCACCUACAAACUACUUAUGCCUCCUUGCAGCACAGGGACUGGCACACAAUCAGGUGGGCUGCAGUGUUAGACCAGUUUCAUCCAGGGAUGGACGAGAUAGUAGAGGAGGAUCACUUAGGAUGGGUGGGGAAAGGAACCUGCCCAAGCCCUCAGAAGCAGAAAAGUGCAAGUUUUCUGCAAAACACAGCCCCUCCUAUCUAGAGAGCUCUAUUUGGCCUCCCCCACCAACUACUGCUGAAAACUGGAAGACAGAUUAUAAAGUAACCUCUUCAGUUUGGCACAGUACUUUCAAUGCCUUGUUUGGAAUUGAAUAUGGCAAAGAGAGUUUUAAAUGAAAUGUCAGUUGUGUUUUUUAACUUCUGCUCCUCCAUUCUAUGUUCAUGCAUCUCUGUUAAAUGCCUGCAGUGCAGGCUUCUCUUGGCUUGCAUUAUAAGAUCCAGCAAGCUAGGGAGAGUAUUUUUGUUCCCUCUGGUUAACAGAGACCAUGCUCUUCUGCUCAGCUCUUAUUAAAGGAAUAGAUCUAACUCACAACUGAUAGAUAAAGAAACCAGAAUCCUGGAUUGUGAGAUGAUUCUUACCUUUUGCAGUACUCUUAAGAGUGCUGUAACUGUUCUUGAGUAUAUUGUAAAACGCACAUGGUAGUAAUCAUUCUGACUGAACUACUCCAUUUCUUCCUGGGAAGCCAGUAUUUAUUUGCACACAAGAAUAACAAUCAUACAGGAGAAGAGUCACUUUGGAUCUGUGCAUAUGCCUGCUCAUGGUGCUCAACUGGGCCUUGAAUGAAAUAUCUUUUGACAGCUUCAUCUAGGAAAAAAUCUCAGAGUAAGAUGAUUACUGACACAGAGCUGCUUCUGAUUGUGCCUCUGAUAGUCUGUUCCUGUAAAGUAGUAUGACUGAGAAAGGAAACAGCAUGGGAUUAGAGGUCACACCACAAUUCUAGAUCCUUCAGACUGGAAAGGCCACUCCUGUGGCAAAGUGAUGACAAUUCCUAUCUCUGGAUGCAAACAGCUUGUGCUCCUGGUGAAAGGUUUACACUGGAAAGCACCCAGUACUUCAUUCUAAAAGAAAGAUCUCACUGCCUUAGUAGAAAAAGAAAUAGCAAAGAAUUAAGUUUUUAAGGUUUUCUCUUUCAUUAAGCUAUUUGGGGGGUGGGUUGUAAAGGAAAUGAAAGGGGUGGGACAUGUACAAAGCAGUAAAUAUCCAGGCACAACCUUAGGAACCAAAACUUUUUGAAAUAGAAACCGUUUUGCAUAUCCACAUGUCCUGUAAUCUGUUCAAGCAUAUACUGUACCCCAGUGUGGCACUGGUCCCUAGUGAUUAGUGGGAGUCCUGCUCUGCUCAAUGUUACCUGAACUGAGAUUACAGUGAGUUUCCCAAUACAGUGGCAACAAUAGGGAUUGUCUACCACAAUAAAGUCUUUUCUGUUCUUUA